GUAACAGCCCAACACCAACCCUCUGACCCACAAAUAGCUCCAAAGCUGCAAAAUCACUGCUUUCAGCUUCUUCAUCUGCGUGUCAGGAAGCCACAUUACUCUGACAAGCAUCUCAUGGGAUAGGACCGAAGGAUAUUUUUCCUGUUAGAGGAACAGAAACCACCAAACAAGUCGGAAUCAAUUUUUUUUUUAAAGGAGAAAAGGGAACAAUGAUGGAACUGAGGAUCCAGCUGAUCCCGACGGGGGAAAUCAUCUUUUCUCCGGGGAAGAACGGAGAGAACUACUGCCACGGCUGCAAGGUGGUGGCGAGUGACGGGGUGCGGGCUAUGAUGGAGUCGGCCCUGACAGCCAGAGACCGGGUGGGCGUGCAGGACUUUGUCCUGCUGGAGAACUACACCAGCGAGGCGGCCUUCAUAGAGAACCUGCGCAAACGCUUCAAAGAGAACCUUAUCUAUACCUACAUUGGGUCAGUGCUGGUGUCAGUUAACCCGUACAAAGAGCUGGAGAUCUACACCAAGAACCACAUGGAGCGAUACCGUGGAGUCAACUUCUACGAGGUCUCACCACACAUCUACGCAGUGGCAGACAACUCCUACCGCUCCAUGAGGACGGAGAGAAAGGACCAGUGCAUCCUGAUCUCCGGGGAGAGCGGCGCUGGGAAGACGGAGGCGUCCAAGAAGAUCCUGCAGUACUACGCCGUCACCUGUCCAGCCAGCGACCAGGUGCAGACCGUCAAAGACCGCCUGCUGCAGUCCAACCCCGUGCUGGAAGCCUUCGGCAAUGCCAAGACGUUGCGUAACGACAACUCGAGCCGAUUUGGCAAGUACAUGGACAUUCAGUUUGACUUCAAGGGCGCCCCAGUCGGAGGCCACAUCAUCAACUACCUGCUGGAAAAGUCCAGGGUGGUCCACCAGAACCACGGGGAGAGGAACUUCCACAUCUUCUAUCAGCUGAUCGAGGGCGGGGAGGAGGACCUGCUGAGACGCCUGGGCCUGGAGAGGAACCCUCAGCAGUACCAGUACCUGGUCAAAGGUAACUGUCCCAAAGUGAGCUCCAUCAACGAUCGAAGUGACUGGAAGCUGGUGAGGAAGGCCUUGACUGUGAUCGGUUUCAACGAGGACGACGUGGAGGAGUUGUUGAACAUAAUUGCCAGUGUGCUGCACCUGGGCAACGUGCAGUACGACGGGGAAGAAGGCAACGCCAGAAUCACUUCUGACACACAGAUAAAGUACCUGGCCAGGUUGUUAGGAGUGAAUGGGGCAGUGCUGACGGAGGCACUCACACACAAGAAGAUAAUUGCCAAGGGAGAGGAGCUGAUGAGCCCACUGAACCUAGAACAAGCGUCAUCAGCUCGGGAUGCUUUGUCCAAGGCGGUGUACGGACGCACCUUCACCUGGCUGGUUAACAAGAUCAAUGCUUCACUCACAUACACGGACGACUCCUACAAACAUUACUCUGUCAUCGGCCUGCUGGACAUCUACGGCUUCGAGGUCUUCCAGAAUAACAGCUUCGAGCAGUUCUGCAUCAACUACUGCAACGAGAAGCUGCAGCAGCUCUUCAUCGAGCUCACCCUCAAGUCUGAGCAGGAGGAGUACGAGGCUGAAGGCAUCACGUGGGAGCCGGUGCAGUACUUCAACAACAAGAUCAUCUGUGACCUGGUGGAGGAGAAGUUCAAAGGCAUCAUCUCCAUUCUGGAUGAGGAGUGUCUUCGACCCGGAGACGCCAGCGAUCUCACCUUCCUGGAGAAGUUGGAGGACAUUGUGGGAGGACACGCACACUUUGUCACUCACAAGCUGGCUGAUGCAAAGACCAGGAAGGUGAUGGGCCGCGAUGAAUUCAGACUGCUGCAUUACGCUGGAGAAGUCAACUACAAUGUCAACGGAUUUCUGGACAAGAACAAUGACCUGCUCUUCAGGAACUUGAAAGAGGUUAUGUGUAUGUCAGAGAACAAGAUCCUGAACCAGUGUUUCGACAGAGAGGAGCUGAGUGACAAGAAACGCCCAGAAACGGCAGCCACCCAGUUCAAAGCAAGCCUGGCGAAACUCAUGGAGAUCCUCAUGUCGAAGGAGCCGUCGUACGUCCGCUGCAUCAAGCCCAAUGACUCCAAGCAAGCAGGUCGGUUUGACGAGGUGCUGAUCCGUCACCAGGUCAAGUAUCUGGGCCUGAUGGAGAACCUGAGGGUGAGGAGAGCCGGCUUCGCUUACAGACGACGCUACGAGGUCUUCCUUCAGAGGUAUAAGUCCCUGUGUCCAGACACUUGGCCCAACUGGCAGGGUAAACUGUCUGAUGGAGUGGCCACACUGGUCAAACACCUCGGAUACAAGCCUGAGGAGUACAAACUGGGCAGAUCCAAAAUCUUCAUCCGUUUCCCAAAGACGUUGUUUGCCACAGAGGAUUCCCUGGAGACCAGGAAACACAGUCUUGCCACCAAGCUGCAGGCAGGAUGGAGAGGCUACAGCCAAAAGUCCAAGUUUCAAAAACUCAGAACCUCAGCUAUUGCCGUCCAGGCGUGGUGGAGAGGGAUCCUGGCCCGGAGGAGAGCCCAGCGCAGGCGACAGGCUGCUGAUACCAUCCGCAGGUUCAUCAAAGGCUUCAUCUACCGCCACAAAGAGCGCUGUCCAGAGAACGAGUAUUUCCUGGAUUAUGUGCGCUACUCCUUCCUCAUGAAGCUGCGCAGGAACCUUCCCAAGAACGUCCUGGACAAGAGCUGGCCCGCCCCUCCAGCUGCUCUCACUGAGGCUUCAGAGCACCUGCGUAAGCUGUGCAUGCAGAACAUGGUGUGGAGCUACUGCAAGAAGAUCAGUCCAGAGUGGAAACACCAGAUGGAGCAGAAGAUGAUCGCCAGUGAGCUCUUCAAGGACAAGAAGGACAACUACCCUCAGAGCGUGCCCAAACUGUUCGUCAGCACAAGACUCAAUGGUGAGGACAUUAACCCCAAAGUGGUGCAGGCUCUGGGCAGCGAGAAGAUGAAGUACGCAGUGCCAGUCACCAAGUAUGACAGGAAAGGCUACAAGGCUCGGCCCCGCCAGCUGCUGCUCACCGCCAACAGUGCCAUAAUCGUAGAGGAGGCCAAACUCAAGCAGCGCAUCGACUACGGAGCUCUGAAAGGUAUCUCAGUCAGCUCUCUCAGCGACGGCUUGUUUGUUCUGCACGUGCCCAGUGACGACAACAAACAGAAGGGGGAUGUGGUUCUGCAGAGCGACCAUGUGAUUGAGACCCUGACCAAGAUUGCGAUCUGUUCCGACAAAAUCAACAGCAUCAACAUCAACCAGGGCAGUAUAAAGUUUACAGUGGGUCAGGGGAAGGAGGGGAUCAUAGAUUUCACACCUGGAUCAGAACUCCUGGUGGCCAAGGCUAAGAACGGACACUUGUCUGUGACGGCUCCCAGGCUGAACUCCAGAUGAUGGCCACUCUGGUCACUAGCACCAACCAGGAGCUGCUGCUGCUCCUGGCCGCUCCAUCCUCCAAUCACACCACAGCAGACGGCGCUCUGCCUAAGCCAAUCAGACGUCAGCUGUCACCACAUGGGUGGCAUGUGCUUCCAGUUAAAAAAAAACAAAAAACAACAAAAAAAAACAACAAAUAAAAGCAAAUCCAGCAAAACUAAUUGAUAUAUUUAUGUUUAUAUAUUAUAUUUUUGGGAUUAAUACUGUUGCUGUUUGAAUAUUCUGAUUUUAUAUAUGAGGCCAAGGAAUAACAAAUAUUUUGGUGCAUUUUUCUUGCACCAUGUGUGUUUAUUGUGCUUUAUUUGGGAACAUGACCAAGAAAACAAUGAGGGAAGAGUGGGAAUAAGAGACGACAAUGAGGAGGAGGAGAUUGUUGUUGAUGAAAAUCAGGGUUAGUUGUUGCCUGUUGCCUCUUUUUUUCCUGUUUACGUCUUUCUGCUUGACUUAUAGGCUUGAUCGUCUCGCUGACACGACUUUUCUAACUGGGGCGGACGGCUUGUUAUCGGAGCAUGAAGGUGUUAGAACAAGGCUGACA